AGCCAGGGUCUCUUGCGAGUCUCGCGCCUGUACACCCUGCUCCGUCGCGCAUUUAAGAUGCCUCGUGGAAGCCGAAGCCGCACUUCCCGCGUAGCCCCUCCGGCCAGCCGGGCGCCUCAGAUGAGAACUGCGCCCAGGCCAGCGCCCGCAGCUCAGCCACCAGCAGCGGCUCCACCAUCUGCUGUUGGCUCACCUGCUGCUGCUCCCCGGCAGCCAGGUCUGAUGGCCCAGAUGGCAACCACUGCAGCCGGCGUGGCUGUGGGUUCUGCCGUCGGCCACACUCUGGGUCAUGCCAUCGCUGGUGGCUUCAGUGGAGGAAGUAAUGCUGAGCCCUCAAGGCCUGACAUCACUUAUCAGGAGCCUCAGGGAGCCCAACUGGCACAGCAGCAGCAGAAUGGCCCAUGCUUUUUUGAGGUGAAACAGUUUUUGGAGUGUGCCCAGAACCAGGGUGACCUUAAGCUUUGUGAAGGUUUCAGUGAGGUGCUGAAACAGUGCAGACUGGCGAACGGAUUAGCUUAAUCAAGAAGUUCCAGUUGAAGGCAUGAAAAAUCAUCUCUCAUGACCACGUUGAUUUAGCAUUAAAAAUAUAAUUGAUAGUGAAGAUAUAAAGUGUGAAGCCACCAGUUUAGCUCCUCAAUCAUUAAUAGCUUUUGUGCUUCAGGAUUGCAGUGGAAGAGGGUAUUCUCACCAUAUAGAAGCUCACUGAGAUGAUAUUGAGUUUGGGGCUGGGCGGAUGUUUGUGUGGCCUCUUAAACAUGCUUUUGUUUGUGAAUUAAUUAGAAUAAAGUGAUUUUAUUUC